AUGGCGCCCGGACCUAUUGAAUACGCUACAUUGUAUUCUUUCGUAUUUAUACUGUUGAUUUGUUCUAUAUUUCCGAUAACAUCAAAUGCAGUUCUUGUGCCACCUAAUAUUUACCAACAACCUCAAGAUAGACUGAUUGCUGAAAGUGGUGCUGCUACUUUGACUUGUACAGCAAGUGGUUCUCCACCAAUAAAAUAUCAAUGGAAAAAAGGUUCAUCAUAUGUGUCUCAGCCUUCGCCAGUUAGUUACCAUCCAUUGAAUAAUGUGGAUACUUUUGAUUCAGGAGAAUACUACUGUGUUGUCUCAAACCCAGUGGGAUCUGUUAUUAGCAGCGCUGCUGUAGUGCAAGUAGCUUAUAUAAGAGAGUAUCAAGGUGGUCCAACAACAUUCUCAGUGAAUGCUGGUUAUUCUAUAGAGUUAGAGUGUCCGCAGUUAGAUACCUUACCUGACAGCUCUCCAGAUUUCCAUUUAACAUGGAAAAAAGAUAACUUCCCCAUCAACGGGGGAAAUGUUGUCAUCUCGCUGGAUCACAAGUUAGUUAUUUUGUCAGCAUCAGAAAGCAAUGAGGGUCAGUACCAUUGCAGUGCAUUGAACACAGUAGUUGGAAAUGGGAUGAGAGAGAGCCCAACGAUUAAUCUAUAUGUUAAUGGAAAUAGACCAUCAAGUGUUGGACCAAGAAUAAUAGUUCCCCCAAAAGACACUGUAUUCACACAGGGAGAUCCCACUGUUCAGCUGGAAUGUAUCGCUAGCGCUACACCAUUAGAUUUGAAAAUUACUCUAUGGAAACGCAAUGGUAUGACCAUCAGUCAAUCUGCAAACAAACUGAUAUUGUUUAAUCCAUCCUCAAUUGAUGAAGGUGUAUAUGAAUGUGAAGUUUCCCUGCAGUAUCACUCCUACAGCUCAGUACGUGCCACAGCUACUAUCUCAAUGAGAACUGAACCAGUGUGGAUGUUGAGUCCUGUUGCCGUAACAACAGGGGAUGUCAAUGAACCCAUCGAGAUACCUUGUAAAGCAUCUGGUGUUCCUGAGCCUAUGUAUAAAUGGUACCAAAAUGGUAUUGAUGUCAGCACGCUUGGAAACAAUCGCUUCAUUGUUCUUUCAACGGGCAGUCUGCAGAUCACAAGUUUGCAUGCAGAGGAUCAAGCAAUGUUUCAGUGUUUUGCCUCAAAUGUUGUUGCUGAUAUCAGUGUCAGUACCUGGCUGCAAGUAGAGAGACUAGCACCUAAUAUAACCAACCCUCCCAACGAUACGUCAGUCUUGGCUGGAUCCACAGCACGAUUACAUUGUGGAUAUUCAGGUUCUCCUGCACCUGAUGUUAUCUGGAAAAAAGAUGACACAGUUGUUGGUCGCUGGAAUGGUAGUGGUAGUGGUCUUGGAAUUAUUCCAGUGUCUAGUACAAUAAAUGUUAUGUCAAAUGGUGAUUUGAUUAUAUCAACUGCCAAGGUUGCAGAUUCUGGGCUGUAUACUUGUACUGUUGUUAAUAAUGUUGCAAGUGUAACAGCCAGUGCAACACUAACAGUUCAGGUUAAAACCCGUAUAAGUGAUCCCCCAAAGGAUAUGGAAGUUAUCAAAGGAUCUACCGGGAUAUUCCAAUGUGGUGUAUUACAUGAUUCUAAUGUUGCUGUGCGUAUUCUAUGGCUAAUGAACAAUGUAGAGAUAGAUCUGUCAAGCAGUAACCGCAUAUCAGUGUUGUAUGAUGGUAGUCUCAAAAUUGCUGGGGCUCGUUCAGAUGACAUUGGCAAUUACACAUGUACUGUCACAUCCCCUGGUGGUAAUGAUGCAAGAACAGCGAGUUUAGUUGUUAUAGAAUUACCGUUUGCUCCACAAUUUCUACAUGCAGUACUUUCUAUUGACCAGCGUAGAUCAAUUGAUUUACAAUGGUUGGAGUCAUUUGAUGGUAAUAAAGCUAUACUGCGAUAUAAGGUGUUUAGAAAGGAAAAUGCUGAAAUAGUAUGGACUCUCAUAAUGUCCAAUGUUGCACCAGGAGUGGAAAAUAUCGUCACCAUCCCAGACUUGACACCUUCAUAUCAAUACGCAUUUGCAGUUAGUGCUGUUAAUGAACUUGGUGAAGGACCCCUGAGUGAUCCCAGUAACAAUGUCACAUUACCUGUAGAACCCCCUGAUGCAGCACCACAGGGAGUUGUUGCAUCACCAAGAUCCUCUUCCUCAAUUAGGAUACAGUGGCAGGCCCCACCUCAAGAUAAAUGGAAUGGUCCUUUAACAGGGUACAGAAUACGCUACAGAUUAAAAGGAUAUAGCAGCUCUCCAUACAGUUAUCAGGAUAUUUAUAAUCCUCAACAACAGUCUUAUGAACUCACUGAUCUAAUUACUUGGGAUACUUAUGAAAUUCAAAUUGCAGCAAAUAACUCCAUGGGUCCCGGGGUAUAUAGUUUAGUCAUCAUUGUAAGAACUUUAGAAGGAGUGCCCACUGAAGCACCACAGGUUGUAGUAACACAUGCAAAUAGUUCCACUAGUAUAUUUUUUCAAUGGAUGUCACCAUCACCACAGAAAAUUUUUGGAGUUAACCAAGGCUACAAAUUGAAAGCCUGGGAACCCAGCAACCCAGAUUACAAGGUAGUUAAAGUUGUGCCACCAAACCCACAAUACAGUCUGCAAGAGAAUUAUAUUACAGGACUCAAGAAAUUCACUGUUUAUUUGACAUCAGUUUUGUGCUACACCAGAGCAGGUGAUGGACCAGAAAGUGAUGAGCUGCAAGUUGAGACUUUUCAAGAUGUGCCAGGACCUGUGGGAGAUCUUAGAUUCUUUGAUAUCUAUGAUGAUAGCCUGAAAGUGGAUUGGACAGAACCAGAAGAAAUCAACGGGAUUUUGAUAGGUUAUACUGUUGGUUGGCAAGAGUAUAAUAUAUCUUCAACUUAUCAGAGUGAGGAGAUUUCAAGUGAUACAGUAGUUUAUACAGUUACUGGACUAACACAGUUAACUACCUAUGAGAUAAUGGUCUCAGCCAGUACACAAAUGGGAGCAGGUCCAACUGUUGUAUCUACUAUUUCAUCAGGCGUUCCACCAGAACUACCCACAAAUCCUGUCAACGUUGUUAUAUCUAAUGUACAAGCCCGUUCGGUGAAUAUCCAGUUCACUCCUGGCUAUAAUGGUAAAACCAGUAUCAAUACAUGGAAAGUUGAAGCACAAAUUAAUGGUGCUGAACAAUGGGUGACACACUAUGAACACCAUGAUCCUGAUGCACUUGGCUUUGUUGUGCCCGAUCUGCUGCCUUACACCAAGUAUAUUCUUCGUGUCACUGCUAUUAACGUUGUUGGUGCAAGUCAUCCUAGUGAUCCUACAAGCGAAUUUGAAACACUGCAAGAUUAUCCUUCCACAGCACCUGCUUCUGUUACAGUUAGAGCAAACAGUGAAACAUCUCUCACUAUUAGCUGGAUUCCAUUAACUCGAGAGCAGUGGAAUGGUGUACCAUUAGGUUAUCGUGUUUCUUGGAGAUCCAAGCCAACAGUUGUUAAACGUAGUUUAUCAAAUGGUUACUUUCAAUCAGUGAAUAUUGAUGAUUACAUUGGACGUACUUAUGUUAUUGAGGACUUAGAAGAAUGGAUGUGGUAUGAAGUCAAAGUUUUGGCCUACAAUGCUAAAGGCAACGGUCCAUACAGUGAUAUUAUUGAAGAAAGAACAGGAGAUUCAGUUCCUAGUGCAGGUCCUCAAAAUGUGGUAGCAGUAAGUACAGGAUCUACAACAAUUGAUAUUGCAUGGGUUGAUAUACCACAAAGUGAUCAAAAUGGAGAAAUUUUAGGAUACAAGGUGUUAUAUUGUGAAAGCUUUGCUGAUGUUGAUUCUUGUGAAUACUAUGACAUAACAGACAACUCAAGCCGAUCUACUCGCCUUAGUAAUCUCAAGAAAUAUGUGACUUAUGAUAUACAAGUGUUGGGCUACACUAGAAUUGGUAAUGGUGUGCUAAGUGAACCGGCAGCGAGAAUAAGGACAGAUGAAGAUGUUCCUGGCCCAGUUACUGGUAUAUUGUUUCCCAAUGUGUCAAAUUCAUAUGCCAAAGUUCAAUGGGAAGAUCCACCAGAACGCAAUGGUAUCCUUACAAAGUUCAAAAUAAGUUAUAAACUAAUGAGCGAUGAUGCACAAAUUAUCGAUGGAACUGAGCUGGAUAUUAAUACCCAUUCAUAUGAAGCAAGUAAUCUGAAUGCACAGGAAUAUUAUGAGUUCACUAUUUCAGCCGCUACUCGUCUAGGAUGGGGUGAACCAGCAGUUGCAUUAGUACUUACAGUAAAUAAUAGAGAUCCUCCACAAUCACCAUUUGGGCUCAUUGUGGAUCGACAGCUUGUGUUCAGUCGCAGUAUUGCAUUGUUGUGGUCACGCGGCAGUGACGGCAAUUCACCAAUACGUUACUUCACCAUUCAGUACAGAAAGAAACUGUCUCCUUAUAGUACCUAUCAGUUUCGUGUUCAAGCCCACAAUGAUGUUGGUGCUAGUUAUUACAGUAUACCAUCAGAGCCAAUCACUACACUUCAAGACUUUCCAGAAGAUUCUCCAACUAUUACUGAUGUUAUACCAUAUACAGCCACCUCACUUCGUGUUAUCUGGCGGCCACCAGCAUCUGAGGAUAUAAAUGGCAUACUGAAUGGUUUCAAGAUACAGUACAAGAUACUGAGACAAAUUAGCUAUAUGGAGCAUGUUAUAUCUGAUACACGUCUACGACAAUUUGAUUUAACAGAUUUAUCUAUCUAUGAGAAUUAUGAGAUAGUGAUGAGAGUUUUCAAUAUCAUUGGCGAGGGACCACCUAGUGCUCCUUAUACAAUAUAUGUAGGAGAAGCUAUUCCUACUGCUGCUCCAGAUGAUGUAUCAGCUGUUCCUAUUGGACCAACACAGAUUAGAGUCACUUGGAAAGAGCCACCUGAAAACACCCAAAAUGGUGGUUUGCAAGGGUACAAGAUCUUUUAUUGGAAAGUUAGUGAUGAAGGAGACAACAUUGACAAUGAACACCAGAUGAUGAGACCUGUUGGAGUUGAGUUGACAGAGGUAUUGUUGGAUCAACUAGUGAGUUAUACCAAUUACAAAAUACAAGUAUUGGGUUUCAAUGCUGCGGGAGAUGGACCAAAGAGUGCAGUUAUCAGAGUCAGAACUGAUCAAACAUUACCUGGAACACCUGGUCCGCUGAUCUUCACAAAGAUUACCAUGAAUGCUGUUAAUGUUACCUGGGCCUCACCAAUCAAGCCAAAUGGCAUAAUAAUUGGUUAUCAAGUUAUUUAUAAACCUCUUGAACUUGUAGAAGGAAUAAGUAAAAUUAUUACUGUUGAUAUUACUGGAGAAGAGAAGACAUAUCUCUAUGCUGCUGAGUUGGCUGAAAUCAAGAUGUAUGAAUUCAGUGUUAAAGCAAAAACAGAAAAAGGUUAUGGAGAGCCUAGAAUAGGAAAUGUGACAACAGGCCCCCAACCAGGAGCUCCAAGUGCACCACGUAAUGUGAAAAUGGAACGUUUGAGUAGUUCUGUAUUCUUGUCAUGGCUGCCUCCUAAUAAUACUGGUGCUUCACCCAUCAAAAAUUAUGCAAUUGAAGGAUAUCCUAUGCAAGUUGAAGGAACAGACAGUGACAGUCAUUGGGAAGAAUUGAUAAGCAAUAUUUCACCUCAAGCUACCUCAUAUUCAAUCGAUUUCAAAGAUUUAAGAUCAAACCAUGAAUAUAUUUUCCGAGUGUCAGCUAUCAACAAUCACAGCUACAGUUUACCCAGUAAGCAGAGCCCAGUACUGGGUGCUGUUGUACUGUUUUCUCCAAUAUAUGAGCAAUAUUGGUUUUUGAUUCUGAUAGCAGCCGUUGGUGUUUUACUUAUUCUAAUGUUAGUGAUAUUAUUAUGUGUACUUGGUAGAAAUAAAAGAUACAGAACUAAGAGGAAAUUACAUGGUGUAGAUAAUACAACAGUGGAGGUUGAUGAUGGUGGCUUUGCUACCUUUGAAUUACACCCAAGAAGAAAUACAAAAGAAAAUCGUAAAAACUCAAAUUACGGCAGGCAACCUCCUCGGCCAAGUCCUGGAAGUGUUUUAUAUUCUGAUGAAAACCCUUCAAAGUUCGGUGAUGGAGAUAGUAGUAGUUUAACAGAAAAACCAUCAUCAUUAGGGGAUUCAACAGAUUCAGAGGCUAGUGAUAGUGAAGUAGACAGCGAUGUUAAAGAUCCACAUUCUUUUAUGAAUCAUUAUGUUAAUGAUCCAAUGAGGCAGUCAUGGAAACGUCAACGUCCCAGUAAAGCAUACAGCUACACAGAUAGUGAACCAGAUACAGUAUAUUCAAAUGGUGUUGUUAUUACAAAUGGUAUGCUUAAUUUACAGCCUGGUUCAAGAGCACCUUUAGCUGGCUUCUCAUCCUUCGUCUAG